AACAGUGAGGGGCGUCUUUUCGCUACGCUGGCGCUCUGGGAAUACUAACCAUUUCAGAAACAACUAGCUAAAACUAACAACCCCGCUUUUUUUCCUUCGUCAUUCUCGAGACUUUACAGCUUGUUCUCUGCGACAGUAUCUCAGAAACACUGCGACGUGUGUAUUUUCAAGGUGGAAGCACGAAGAUUCACUGACAGCUGGAGUGUGUACCAAGCUGGUCUAGUUACCCGUUUGGUGGAUCACUGGAUUCAGCCGACUGUUUGAAAAGUUAAGGCCUGGGGAAAGUUAAUAAGAAGAUUCGAUCAGCUGGCAAACCACCCCCCCACCACCCCCCACCUUCCUCGACGCCAUCCUCUUAUCCCAGCCAUUGUCUUUGUCCAGUGUUGCUGUGACUCACUGACAUAGUUGGAUGCUGAGGAAGUUCACUGAAGAUCGUUUUUUGAAUGGAAGACCUCAAAGAGACUUUUAAUCCUUGAAGACCCUGCAAACACCUUAUCUUCAUAACCCCUUCUGCACACGGCUGCCGAGGUCCUUUCCCGAGAGACGAAGGGGCAGCAGAGAUUGGUGGAUUUUGGAUGUGACAAACACCUUUGUUGGUUAGGUGAAUCCGCUGUGGGCCAUGUGUUACUGGUGAGGUCUCUCCCUCUGCCAAAAUGAGGCUGAUGGUCGUCUUGCCUCGACCCAUCCUGCCAGCCUUCCUGGCUCUCACCUUUGUCGCCUUCUUAGCUCAGCUGUCCUCAGGAGCCACGCCGUUCCCCCAAGACCUGGAACCAAUCAGCGUCGUGGGCAGAGAAACCUCGUACCUCUACCCCAGCUUCCAGGGACUCAUGUCAGACAAUGACACUGUCCGCCUGGGUCUGGAUUUCCAGCGGAUGCUAAGGAUCAAUCACAUGCUCUAUAUCGCUGCACGGGACCAUGUGUUUGCCAUCAAUCUUGCAGCUUCAUCUGAGCAGAUAAUCCCACAGCAAAAACUGACUUGGAAGACGAAGGAUGUGGAGAAAUGCACUGUGAGAGGGAAAAACAGCGAUGAAUGUUACAACUACAUCAAAGUUCUGGUACCACGCAACGACGAGACGUUGUUCAUGUCGACACUGGAGCAGGAAGGGGAGGAGGUGGUGGGACAGGCUCGAUGUCCCUUCGAGUCCCGCCAGUCCAAUGUCGGCCUUUUCGCAGGUGGUGAUUUCUACUCUGCCACCAUGACUGACUUCUUGGCAAGUGACGCAGUUAUUUACAGAAGUUUGGGUGAAAGCAGCCCUGUGCUGCGUACAGUGAAGUAUGACUCCAAAUGGCUGCGAGAGCCCCAUUUCCUCCAUGCCAUUGAGUAUGGGAACUACGUGUACUUCUUCUUCAGCGAGAUCGCAGUGGAGUACACCACUCUUGGAAAGGUGGUUUUCUCAAGGGUUGCACGUGUUUGUAAGAACGACAAUGGGGGCUCCCCGAGGGUGCUGGAACGUUACUGGACAUCAUUUCUUAAAGCUCGGCUGAACUGUUCUGUUCCUGGUGAUUCCUUUUUCUACUUUGAUGUUCUCCAGUCUCUCACCAAUGUACUGCAGAUUAACCACCGGCCGACUGUGCUCGGAGUCUUCACCACACAGGCAAAUAGCAUCACUGGCUCAGCAGUCUGUGCUUUCUACAUGGAUGACAUAGAGAAGGCCUUCAGUGGUAAAUUUAAAGAGCAGAAGAAUAGUGAGUCAGCCUGGACACCUGUUCCAGAGGAGCAAGUCCCAAAACCAAGGCCAGGCUGCUGCGCUGGCGAGGGCUCAGCCGCCGCCUACAAGUCAUCCACCAAUUUCCCUGACGAAACUCUGACUUUCAUCAAGUCUUAUCCGCUCAUGGACGAGUCCGUCCCCUCCGUCAACGACCGACCCUUUUUCACCCGCACCACCAGCAGGUUCAAGUUGACUCAGAUUGCAGUGGAUACAUCUGCAGGGCCAUAUAAGAACUACACAGUAGUCUUCCUCGGGUCAGAUAAUGGCCAUGUGCUGAAGAUCCUGGCCAGCACUGAGGGAGCCAACGCAUCUUUCAGCACCCAGCUCCUAGAGGACCUUGAUGUCUAUAACCCUAACAAGUGCAAUGUGCAGGGGGAGGAUAGGAGGGUCCUGGGGAUUGAGUUGGACCGGGAUCAUCAUGCGUUGUUUGUGGCGUUCUCAAGCUGCGUGAUCCGUGUGCCACUGAGCCGCUGCUCUGAGUACAGCCACUGCAAAAAAAGCUGUUUGUCCUUACGGGACCCUUACUGCAUCUGGCUCAAGUCGGGCAGCUGUGUCACAGUUUCACCUGGUUUCAGAGGCGGGUUUGAACAGGAUGUGGAGAACGGCUACCAUCAGCACCCCGAUACCUGCCACGAUGUCUUGGCAACCACUCGCAAGCAGAACACAGCACUGGAUUCAGCGUAUGGGAAGACCACACCCACAAGCGCCAGCACAACCUAUCAUGGGGCGGCAUUCCCAAAGGAGGCAGGUGACCCUGAAAGAGGUACAGGUCCUGAUCGCCCUCCCCCUGUUGGGGAACAAGGGUCACCUGACUCGGAGCCAAUCAGUGUGGAGAUGGAGGGUGUGAGGCGACCUCCAGAGCAAGACAAACCCAGUCCUAGUGUCCAUUAUACUCUUCUGAUUGCUUGUGUUUUGGUGGCCUUUGUCCUUGGUGCCUUCCUCUCUGGCUUCCUGGUUUCAUGCUACUGUAAUCACACAAGCCACAAGACCAAGAAGUUGUCGAAAGACCCCGAAGCCCCAAUCCCGCAUGCUCUAUCACUGCGCAGCCUAGCCAAGCUCAAUGGCCUCCUGGACAGCCAAAGUAAGGACGACAAGCUGGAGGUGUCAUCUCCCAAGAUCUACAACUCUUUCUUCGCCAACAGUAAGGAGCAUCACCCAUCGAGGAGAAAUGGUCAUCAUGGAAUGACAAUGGGAGACUUGGUCCAUGCCCAGCAUCACCAACUCCACCAUUCCUCAGAGCUGUCUGGUCUGCCUACACCAGACUCGACCCCAGAGCUGCCAAUUAAGAGCAUGAAAGCAUUCAAGAACCAGUGGGAGAAGAAUCAGAACUGCAACAAUGCCAAGGAACCAAAGUCCCAUAAUAUUGGUUCCAGGCCCAGCUCUGCCCUGCUUCACCAGCAGGUCUUCCCCUACUCCCAUGGACUGUCUAAUAGCCAGUCAGCAGUCGGACACCUUCAUCCCGAUGAACGCAAAAUCCACAAUGUUGAGCGUGUGUUGUCUCAGCAGCCUUACGCUGGCUACUCUCAGAAGGUGAUGGAAGUAACCUCACUCGAUGAGCUUCUGAAGCACAUCCACGAGGCUAGCGGCAGCAAGAACUCUCAGCUAAUGAGCCCAUCUGGUCUGAUGGCCAGCGGAGGUGGAGGCCAGCUAGCCUUUGCCAAUCGUAUCCAGCCUCAGAUACCUGAGACAGAAUCAGCCCCCUACUACAGCUCAUCCACUUUACCACGUGACAGCCUCACCCGUCGCAUGGAUGUUCCCCCAGACAUUCCCAUGCACCACCAGUCUACCUUGGAGAGGAGGCAUUCCUCCCAAAGGCAAUCACUGAUUGCUGCAGCCACCAAAAUGCCCAACGGAGGUGGAGUAGUAGGAGGAGGGGGAGGAGGAAUGAUCCCUCGCCAACACAGCUUCAGCCAACGAAAUGGCGGGCCCCACCAGCCACCUCCUCUUUUGGCGCGGAUGAACUCGACAGGCAGCGCGUGUGAGGUUCACUAUCCCCUGCUUCCCAAUGGAUACCUGGCACGUCAGCACAGUUAUAAUGGAGAACAGCAAGAGGUUCCACACAGGGGUGCGAUCGUCCGUCGGGCAGCUUCUCUCAAACCUGACGUCCCUCCCAAGCCCUUGUUCAUACCUGCCACAUCCCCAGUCAAUGAACAGGGAAAGUUCAACUACUGAGGGGUAUGCUCUUGGACUAAGAGAAGGAGCCUCCCCCCCCCUCCCCUCAUUGUGUCAUCUGUAAGAAACUUUGAAGAAAUGCAGUGAGUUUGGGGUUGCAGACCUUUACCUGAAAACACAACCAACUGUGUGGCACCAGUGUCACUGUGGACAAAAGCCUCAACCAAACUUGUUUUUUUCCGCUUCUUUUUGUCCAACGAAUAUCUUUGUACCAUAUUGGUAUUGCUUAGCUACUUGCUUAUUAUAGAACCGCUUACUUGGGUGACGUGAUGCCACCUCCUUAUAUUAGGCUGCCAAUGUCCUCAAUGUGGAUUUACAAUGCAACUCCGUUUUUGGACACGUUGAUGUUGGAAAAACUUGACACAUCAGUCAUCUUGAAGACUUAAAAGCUCGAGGCUCGCUUAGAUUCAUGCUUUUGCUUAACCUUUUCUGAUGUAGUGUUGGUAUCCGGUCCCCACCCACCCCACC